GCCCGUGAGGAAGGCUUGCGCGUUUUAGCUCGUCAACUACGCGAACGUGAGGCUAGGCGGCGUCUUUGUGCAGAACGAAGUCGCAGUCGAAGUCGCGACUCGGAUAGUGGCAGUCCGUUCGAAAGCCCAAGGGCGGGCCACAGCCCUCGACCUACUUCAUCUUCACAUCUUGGUACAAAUCGACGUUAUCGGGGUCGAUCGCGAUCUCGUUCCUCUGCUUCUUCGGAAUCCUCGUCUAGAUUUCGUUCCCGCGCACAUGGAUCUGGCUACCACUCGCAUGUAAACAUUUCUGCGGAUCGCCGACCUAGAUCUCGUUCUCAUUCAUCCACUCGGGGUCUUCAAUCUAAUGAUCCCCAUCAACAGCACUCUCAUUAUCGUCAAAAUCAUCAACAUACUAGACUUGGUGGCUCUGAUCGAGAUGUUCAUAGGUAUCGAAACAAAGAAAUUCAGCGCAAGUGGCCUGGAGAGGAUCACCCUAAUGGCAGGGGGAAUGCCCUUAAUAUCAACUCCUCUGCGUAUCGUCUCAACAAACGACCUGGUGAGGAGGAUCGUUCUCGAGCUACUCAGCGCAGUUCUAUCCCCGUGAGAAAUCGCGAUGGGGACGUUUUAAAUGUUCAUCGAGGCAUUAAUUCCCGAUGGAUGCUUUCCUCUCUCGAUAUUCAAUCCCAAAAUAUAUUCGGUCUCUGA